UCAGUUUCUGGGACUGAUUUGCUGUCUUCUCCGACAUGCCAUGCUGCUCCAGAUCGCCCAGGACUGAGUCCCUUGAGGGGAGCCCCUGCAAAACUUGGUUCAGAAAAUGGUCUUGCACAGAAGCAGCGAACAUCUCACCGGAGAUGUCAGCAGCCCAAAAUGUUGAGUAGCCCUGAGGACACCACGUACUAUAACCAGUUAAAUGGAACUCUAGAAUAUCAAGGGAGCAAGAGGAAGCCAAGAAAACUUGGCCAAAUCAAAGUGCUUGAUGGGGAAGAUGAUUAUUACAAAUCUCUGUCACCGGUGAACUCUAUCCCUGAGGAAGACAACUCAGCAUACUCUUUCUUUUUUUCCUCAUCCUCAAAAGGAGCAUCUUUUGCUCACCACUGAGCUAUACUUUCUGCCCCUCAAGUCUGUUGAGGGUAAGAACAAUCAUGGUAAUUGACUCGUCAUUUUAAGAAAGCACUGCAAUGGAGUUAGCUUCUUGGGACACGUGAUCUGUGCCUGCGCCUUGCUGAACAAUGUUCAGAUUCCUAAUCACUUUCUUAUGCCUCCAUUGCCCUCCCCACAUCUGCUGUGCAGCCUGAGCUGGACAAUUCUUCCUUUUCUCAUCCCACGGGUCUCUGUGGGACGCUGAGCACACUUCCGCUACAGUAGUAACUGUCAUUCAUGCCCUCAACAUCUAACAGGGUAACAAUCUCACCAUAAGCCAGUUGUAAAUGCUGAUAAUAUUUCUCUAUUUUUCCCACCAA